AUGGCGCAGAUUACCCAUUCUACCGUUCGUGAGCUUCGAUUUGUCGCCGUCAGCGGCCAGAAGGCCCAUCCGACCACAGACAAGAAAGAGCGCAGCUCGGUGCGUGCCUUCGUGAUGCGAGAUUACCUGAGACAGAAGAGCGAUCCCACGUCGAAGUUUACCCCUGCCAACGUCGGCGAGCGUAUGACUUCGCACAUCUCACGAUUUCGAUCCGCCAGACCUUCUUCGACGGUGAAGCCCAGGAAGCGAAGAAUGGUAGCCACUCGUGAUCGCAGGUCAGAGGGAAAGCCCAAAGGCCAGCGAUUGAUCGUCCCAGCGCCUGCCGAAUCGCACGAGGAACGUUCACGGACCUCACGGCUGCAUGAUCUAGACUCGCUAGAUCCCUUCAGCACGCUCGAUGUUGAUCUCGCCGGACCGCAGACCCAAAGUCUUCUCCAAUACUAUCAGACUUCUUUCUGGGCCAACUCGUUUGCUUGCAAUCCCGAGGCGAGGUGGAUUUCUGUAGCACUAAUGGACCCAGCCAUCAUCCACGCAACAUUGAGUUUGGUAGCAAUCCACCGAAGGGAUUGCUUCUCGAUGGACCUGACCAAGGUCUACUUCAAACACCGGGGCGAAGCCAUGCAGAUCGUUGCACGGAGACUGAGCAAUCUGCAGGAAUCUCUGAGUGACGAGACGAUUGGGGCGGUCGCGCUUCUCUCCAGCUCCGACAACCACUUUGACUGGCCGUCGGACACCCAAACAACCCAUUCACGGGGUCUGGGCCAUUUGAUUUCCAUGCGUGGUGGCAUGGAGACGUUAAACUCGAACAGGCACAUUCAAAGGGUGGUCGGAUGGGCGGAUUUGCUGCAAUCCGCGAUGCAUGGGACAAAACUUCGCACCCAGAUGCCCGCCGUGGUGGAGGAAGCGUCAGCUGAAGGCCUGAUUCCCGAUAAUGACAGCGAAAAAGAGGAGCCAAUGGCAUCGUCAAGCAUUGUCUUGCAGGAUCUCCCUCAAGAAAUAGGAGACGUGCUGCGACAGCUCCGCAUUUUGUCGUCUGUAAAGACAAACCUCCUCGAGGAUCGCCAACAACAAAUGUGUCGAACCUUUAGCAACCUCCUCUGGAAACUCGAGUAUUCCAUACUAGAUGAGCCGCAGAGUCCGACCAGCACCGCCGAUCACAGGCAAGGGGAUGCACUCAGUCAAGAGAAGCUGGUGGGAAAGGUGGUGGGCAUCGCUACGCUGAUUUUCUCCUAUCUGACUCUCCGGGAUCUUGCUGCACCGAUCCUCUACCUCAGGCUGAGCGGUCGGUUGAGGGCUUAUGUAUCCGCGAUCAUGACUCCUCUGCAGCGACUACCAAAACACGUGGAACCAGCAACACCUGAGGGUCAGCUCCUAGGCGAUGAGUUUUUGGGCGACAGCCAGCUCGCCAUACUCUUGUGGUCGCUUUAUCUCGGUUGGCGUGGGUCACAAAACGACGUCAAGCACCGGACCUGGUUUGCAGAUCAAGUUGCACAGCUUUGCUGGAGGCACGGAAUCCUGUCGCAUGAGUCGAUCAGGGGGAAGAUCCAGAGCGUGAUCCCCCAGGCGGAAGACUUAUUGAAAAUUCAAGAGGGGUUCUGGGACGAAGUAGAAGAUAUCAUAUGGACAGAGAUGAUCUCUCUGCAGUAG